UUCAGCCAGGACGAACUGCUAAAAAUAUGGAAGGGCCUGUUCUACUGUAUGUGGAUGCAGGAUAAACCUCUGCUGCAGGAGGAACUUGCAGGCAAUAUCUCACAGCUUAUCCAUGUGAUUCAGAAUACAGAGGCUCGACACCUGUUUAUUCAGACAUUUUGGCAAACUAUGAACCGUGAAUGGAACGGGAUAGACAAUCUGCGUCUGGAUAAGUACUACAUGCUAAUGCGUAUGAUUUUGAGGCAAUCCUUUGAAGUGCUGAAAAGAAAUGAAUGGGAUGAAAGUCUAACUGAAGUAUUCUUGCAGCUACUAAUGAAAGAAGUUAUGGACCCAGUCAGCAAUUCUCCCACUGGGAUAAAGUUACAUUUCAUUGAUAUCUAUCUGGAUGAAUUGGCUAAAGUUGGUGCAAAGGAGCUUACAGCAGACCAGAAUCUCAAGUUCAUUGAACCUUUCUGCAAAAUUGCUGCCAAAUCAAAGGAUCGAUGUGUGCUGCAUGCUGUAGCCACUGGUAUCUUUGAGAUGAUUGUGGAUCAGUCCCCCUAUGCCAUCGAGGACCUAAUGAAAGAAAUGAAAGAACUGGGUAGCAACAGUGAUGAGGAGGAUGAAUCUGAAGAAGACAAACAGGAAAACGAAGAGGCACUUAAAACCAAAGACAGAUGUUCAUCAAGAAAAUCAACACAGAUCUCUGAAAAAACAGAGGAUGUUGAUGAAAACUCCGAUGAUGGUAUUGGGACUGUUCUUCAGUUUGAUUAUAAGGCUGUUGCUGACAAGCUCUUUGAAUUGGCGAGCAAGAAAAACACACCAUCAGUUAACAGAAAGCGCCUGUACAAGCUGGUCAAAAGGUUCCAGGACUUGGCAGAAGGAAUCUUCCCCCAAGAUUUUCCUGAAGAAGUUUCUUCAGAUGAAGACGAUGAUGAUUUCAGCAGGGGAAGACGAAAGAAAAAACCUUUCAAGCCUUGGGAGAAAAACAAGUUGGAAAAACUAAAAGAGGAUGAACAAGAGAUGUCAAAUGCAAAGGAGACACCAGUUCCCCAGAAGAAGAGGAAAAAGAGGAAGAAGAGGGACAGCCCACAUGCUGAUUCUGGAACAGCUGAUGGAAAUUGUGAGGAGGGAGUAGCUGACACAUCUGGAUCUAAUGUUUUUAGCCAGGGCAACGUGCCAGAAAAUAAUAAGAAAAGGAAGAAAAAGAAAUUGCUAGUAAAUGAGGCAAAUGAGACCACAAAUUUAGCAGCUGACACCAGAGAAAACCACAAUAUCUCUGCACACAACAGUUCAACUGACGCAGAACAGAGUAAAAAGAGUCAGUUGAAGAGAAUGAAUCCAAAAGUGCAAAAUGUUCCUGUAAAACCAGCAUCUCUGAAUGGACCAGCUAAUGCCAGUGAGGCAGGGGACGUCAGCAGAUCUGUCGCACCAUCACCUGCUAAGGUUGUGAAAAAGAAACAGAAGGGAGGGGCCGUCUUAGUGAAUGGGGGUACCGUUUUGCAGCAAACUGACAUGAAAUCCAGCAAGGAGGGCUUGCUGGGGACCCUGUCAGGAGGUGCAGACUCUGAAUCUGCGCCUUUCAGAAAGGUCAAAUUGAAGGCAAAGCUUGUUGGUUUGGAAGGGAUGAAAAUCUCCUGCCAGAAAGCAGCAACCUUGAAAAAGAAGAGAAAACUAAAAGAGGUGCUAAACUCUGUCGAAGGCAACGGAGCUCUGGAGACUGCAUGCAAGAAAAGCAGGAAGGGGGAGAGCAACACUGCUCUAUCACCAUUAAAGAAAAAGAAAGCAAAACCAGGAAAUGACUUUGUAAAAUUUGAAAAAACGACUUUACCAAAGCCAGUAUUCUUCAGGAAAGCCAGAAGCACCAUCUCUUCCACCAGGGCAUCUAUGCAGCUGAACAAACUGCAGUCGUCCAGCUCCAAAAAGGUCACGUUUGGCUUGAAUAAAAACAUGACUGCUGAGUUUAAAAAGACUGACAAAAGUAUACUAGUGAGCCCAGAAGGACCCUCGCGUGUGGCUUUCAAUCCUGAACAGAAACCCCGUCAUGGGGUGCUGAAGUCAUCCACAGGUACCCCAGCAGGAGAGCCUCAAGGGAAGAAACCAUUUUCUGUAUCAACUAAGAAGAGACAAAUGUCUAUGGACUUAUUUUAA